AUGUCAUCGGUUUGCGUGAGCAAGGUGACGAACGUCAUGGCAAGAUGGCAAAGUACCAGACAGCAGAAGCAGCAGACUAUGCAAUCUUUGCGGGAGUACUGCACGUCCCAUGGGAUCGAUGUGUCGCAAAUCCUGAGCAUGAAGAGAUACGCGGAACGAGAGCUGGCCCGUAAGGCAGCUUAUGAGGCUCACACGAAUCUGCUUCAAACAUUCUCCAGCAGCAUGCUGAAGACCCUCCUCCACCAAGCUCGCAGAUCGUUCUUGCACUACCACAAAGACUUUGCAGCUUGGUGUGCGAAGUCGGACGUUUUGGAGUUCAAUAUCUGCAACAAGGCCAUGAAGGAGCAAUACAACAUGAAGUACGACAGUAUCUUCAUGGCAUCAGACCAUGCGGAAGGAAUGUACCUGAUGGCCACGGCGCAGUGUUCCUACGAGUUCGACACAAUGCCAAUCAUGCCGCGGUUUGGCACAAAUCCGGCAUCCAAUCCUGGUACACGGUGUUGCUUGUGGCGCUUGCUCAGCAAGCCGGUGGAUGAACUCGAGGAGAACAUCGUUCGCCUUGGCAGCGGGGACUUCAUCAGCGAGCAUGCGCUGUGGGUUACAGGCUGGAGCCAUCGCGGGCGGCUGCAAGUAAUAGCUGACGGCUGGGUGUUGGCGUUGCCUACCUGCAGCCUCAUGGAGACGUUAAAGGAGCAGCCGAAUGUGAUCGAGUGUGUCGUCAGCUUUGCGAAGAAGUAUGCUCAAGCCUUGAAUUUGAUGACGGAGUCAAAUGAUGAGAAGCUGUCAGAUUUGCCAUUCUGCACGGAGUCGGAGAAUGGGUCAUCGCGGGGCCUGAACUCGCGGGGCCUGAACUCACGGGGCCUGAACUCGCGUGGCCUGAAGUCGCACAGGUUGCAGGGACGAUCAGUACUUCCUAAGCCCAUCCCGUAG